AUGACCAACAUGUUAGCGCGAACCACGCGAGCCCAUUGCUCCGGCGUGAGCCGUCGCGUCCGUGUGCCUCGCGAGUCGGUGGUGGUAACCUACUCGCGUUCUAGCGGUCCCGGCGGGCAGAAUGUCAACAAGGUGUCCACGAAGGCGAGCCUGCGUCUCGACGUCUCCGAGCGGUCCGCGUGGUGGCUGCCGCCCGCGGUGCGCGAGCGUCUGCUGGAGCGGCAGCGAGGCGGCUGCCACCAGACGCGGUGGCUGCUGCGCCAGAGCCCCCUGACUCGUCCCCGCGACUCGUUUCUCCAGGCGCCGUCACCAAGAGCGGCGAAUUGCUGCUCUCGUGCGACGAGACGCGAUCGCAGGCGCGCAACCUGGCGCUCGGCCUCGAGCGGCUGCAGGCGGCGGUGGACGAGGCGAGCGUCGAGCCGCGGGAGUAUGUCGACCGGCGCUCGUUGCCGGAGACGGAGGGGAGGCGGCACGAGCGGGUCCGGGAGAAGCGGCAGCACGGCCGAAAGAAGGAGAGCCGCGCGAGCAGGAGGGUGACGUUCGAGUAGGGAAAGAGAGUGAUGCUUUUUGGUUGUCCGUCCAUACAUGGACAUCUCUGCGCAACAUCGGAAGAUCCUUGGACUGUAGAUCGUAGAUGCCUUUUAGAGAUCUCUUAAGUGGCAAAUCUCCUGCCAAGAGCAGCAGUAGA